AUGUCCUGGCUCGACAAAAUGCCCAAGAUAGCAGUCAUCGCUACACUUGGUGGAAUGCUUUUCGGAUUUGAUAUCUCAUCUAUCUCGGCCGUCGACGUCAGCAAACAGUAUCUCUCCUACUUCAACGCUCCGGCUGGUGUGAUACAGGGCGCUAUUGGUUCUUCCUUGGCGGCUGGGUCUGUCGUAGGCAGUAUUUGUGCCGGUUACUUCUCAGACAGGUUUGGCCGCCGCGACUCGGUCUGGUAUGCCAACUGGUUCUGGCUCAUUGGAACCGCUGUUCAGGUUUCGUCCCGUUCAGUGGGCCAGCUGAUUGCCGGCCGUGCCAUCAACGGACUCUGCAUUGGAGUGACCACCUCACAAGUACCCGUCUACCUUGCUGAGAUCGCAAAGGCAGAAAGUCGCGGCACUGUAGUUAUUAUUCAACAGCUUGCCUGUGAGUUUGGAAUUCUAAUCAUGUACUUCCUCAGUUAUGGAUGCUCGGUAAGCAUGAACCAAGUUGCGUAUGAAAAUGAGGAAGCUGACAUUUGUGUGCUCCAGUUCAUCUCUGGGCCUGCUUCUUUUAGGGUCGCAUGGGCUAUGCAAUGGAUCCCUUCAGUUCUCAUGUUUUUUCUGCUCCCAUUCCUUCCUGAGUCACCACGUUGGUUCGCCAAAGUGGGCAGGAAGAAGGAGGCAAUCGAAGUGCUGGCACGUAUCCAAGCUAAUGGGGACGUGAAUGAUCCUUUGGUUAUCGCUGAAUGGGAGGAGAUCUCGAUAACAAAUCAGGCCGAGAAUGACGCUGGCAACAUUAUACAAAAGUUGUUCUUCAGGGGGAUGUGGAAGCGCACCUUGGCUGGCUUUACCGUCCAAAUGUGGCAGCAGCUUUCGGGAGCCAACGUCAUGGUUUAUUACCUGACAUACAUUGCAGAAAUGGCAGGCCUUACUGGGAACGUCGCUAUGAUCACGUCGGGCAUUCAGUACGCUGUAUUCAUCAUCUUCACCGGCAUUACCUUCUUGUUCGUUGACAAAGUUGGACGCCGCAGCCUGCUGAUUUCGGGCGCUCUCAGCAUGGGUCUCUGUCACUUCAUCGUUGGUGCCAUCAUGGCCACUAACAAAGCUAACGUCCCUGGCGGUAUUGGUGGCAAUCCCAAUGUCAACUUCCGAGUUGUGGGUAAGAAUGCGCAGAAUGCUGUUAUCACCUUCAGUUAUCUGCUCAUUGUCGCCUAUUCGAUUACACUGGCUCCAAUGUGUUGGAUCUACGCUGCCGAGGUCUGGUCUCUCGGCACACGAGCUACGGGUAUGGGUAUUGCCUCACUUGGCAACUGGCUCUUUAAUUUUGCCUUGGGUUUGUUUACACCACCCGGCUUCCAGAAUAUCCAGUGGGAGGUCUUCAUGAUUUUUGGGACCCUUUGCAUCUUCAUGGCUGGUUGGGUGUUUGGAUUAUAUCCUGAGACGUGCGGUAAGACCCUGGAAGAGAUUGAGUUCAUGUUCUCCAAGGAUGGCCCCCCGGCUUGGAAAACACGCAAGGGAGAUUCUCGUCUUGCACGGGAAAUUGAGGAUGUCAAAGCUCGCAAGCAAGCCGAGGAGGCGCCUAGUGCCGAGGGUGUUCAGAAUGAGAAGGCCUAG